CCAACUUUUCUUUUCUUUUUGAGAAAGUAGUAAAGCCAACUUAAGAUGACAAAUUAAAGGUCUCUCUUUCUCUCUCUCAAGAAUUCCAAGAAUUGUUGACCACAUUUUAUAUAUAAGAGCAUCAAUAAUUUCUCAAAACACAGCUUCACCAUAGCUAAAGUUUUUUCUCCUUAUUUCUUUCAUAAUCACACAUCCAAAGCAAUGAUCAAGUUCCAAAUUUCUUUAUUCAAAUUCUUAACCAUCUUUACUCUUAUUCUUCUUGUUGGCCCUAUCCAAGUCUCUUCAAAGUGCACAUGUGAAUCCCAAGAAGAAGAUGGAAGCAUAUCCGAGGCACUCAAAUACAAACUAGUUUCCAUAGCUUCAAUCCUACUUGCUAGUGCAUUAGGAGUUAGUCUUCCAUUUUUGGUAAAGAGAUUUAGAUUUUUAAACCCAGAGAAAGACAUUUAUUUCCUUAUUAAGGCCUUUGCAGCCGGGAUAAUCUUAGCAACCGGGUUCGUUCAUGUACUUCCUGAUGCUUAUCAAAGUUUAAACAGCCCUUGCCUUAGUGAAAAUCCGUGGGGAAAGUUUCCCUUUACGGGUUUUGUGGCAAUGGUGUCAGCUAUUGGAACAUUGUUGAUGGAAGCUUUUGCUACAGGAUACCGAAAGAGGUCUGAUCUGAGGAAAGCUCAGCCACUGGAUGCUGAUGAGGAGGAAAGUGAUGAGGCCCAUGCAGGUCAUGUACAUGGUUCUAUAUCUGUAUUAGAGAAGUCAAAUUCAUCUGAUCUUGUUCGGCAUCGCAUAAUAUCUCAGGUUUUGGAGUUGGGAAUCGUGGUCCAUUCAGUGAUAAUUGGAAUAUCGCUUGGUACUUCUGAAAGUGCAAAGACAAUCAAGCCUCUGGUAGCAGCAUUGAGUUUCCAUCAGUUUUUUGAGGGCACGGGACUUGGCGGAUGCAUCUCUCAGGCGAAAUUCAGCCAUCGAACUGUGGCAAUUAUGGUACUAUUCUUCUCCCUUACCACUCCAGCGGGAAUAGCUGUUGGCAUAGGCAUAUCGAAAAUGUACAAUGUGAAUAGCCCAACUGCACUCAUUGUUCAAGGGCUUCUCUUAUCAGCAUCUGCUGGAAUUUUAAUUUACAUGGCACUUGUUGAUCUUCUUGCAGCUGACUUUAUGAGCAGAAAAAUGCUAAGCAAUUUUAGGCUCCAAGUUGGAGCCAGUUUUACACUUCUUCUAGGAGCUUGUUGUAUGUCACUCUUGGCCAAAUGGGGAGAAUCUUGAUUUUAUUUUUUAUUUUUUUUCGGAGAUUGAUUUUAUUUCAUUUUUGAACUAUAUUGGAACUAUAUCAAACUCUAAUUUCUUCUUCUUUUUCUUUUUCUUUUUUGUUUGUAAUGUCAAUAGUAAUAA